GCUGCGGGGGCAGCCCUCCGUCGGGUCCACGUGCCCGUACGGCAGCGCCGAGCUCGAAGUUUCCCUCACGUCGAGGGACGUGUAUUCUAACGUACAGGAACUUCAGCAUGUAACCGCACUAUAGGGACCUCAGUGUACCCCUCUUCACAGCACAAACAGAUACGUUUGGAAAUGGAGGUGGAGGAGGCAUAUGAAAAAGGAGAGAAUACUCAGGGGAAAAUGACUCGAGCUGAAGCUGCAAAAUUAGUGAAAAAGAACUUUCUGGAAGCCCUGAAGUCCAAUGACUAUGAAACACUGGAAGAGCUCUUGAACCAAAAGAAAAUAGAUGUGGACACGGUGUUUGAAGUGGAAGAUGAGAAUCUGAUUCUGGCAUCCUACAAACAAGGAUACUGGCUGCCUAGUUACAAAUUAAAAAUAUCCUGGGCAACUGGACUUCAUCUGGCUGUCAUGUAUGGGCAUCUGGAGAGUCUUUCAGUCCUGCUCAAUCACAAAGCUACGAUCAACUGCCGGCCCAAUGGGAAAGCUGCAAUCCACAUAGCGUGUGAAACAGCAAAUGUUGAGUGUCUCAAGAUCCUCUGCAACCAUGGAGCCAAGCUGAACUGCUUUUCAAUGAGUGGGCAGGCGCCCUUGCACUUCUGUACAACACUAACCUCCAUUCCUUGUGCCCAGCAGCUGAUUUGGAGAGGAGCCAACGUGAACAUAAAAACCAACAACCAAGAUGAGGAGACCCCUCUGCACACUGUUGUGCGUUUGGGUAUCCCCGAGCUCGUGGCUUUCUAUGUGGAACAAGGGGCGCAGGUCGAUGCUCUCAAUGCCCACAUGGAGACCCCCCUGGCUUGUGCAGUCUACUGGGCCCUUCACUACAAGGACCAGACAUACAGCCCCGACCACCACCUCAUCUGCCGGAUGCUCUUAGACUACAAAGCUGAAGUGAACACUCGUGAUGAGGACUUCAAAUCUCCACUCCACAAAGCUGCCUGGAACUGUGAUCAUGUACUGCUUCACAUGCUGCUGGAAGCAGGAGCAGAAGCCAACGUCAUGGAUGUCAAUGGCUGUGCACCCCUACAGUAUAUCAUAAAAGUGACAUCUGUGAGGCCAGCUGCCCAGCCUGAUGUCUGCUACCAGCUGCUACUGAAUCAUGGAGCAGCCAGGAUAUAUCCCCUGCAGUUCCACAAGGUGCUACAAGCCUGUCAUUCCUACCCCAGGGCUGUGGAGGUGGUCGUCAACACCUAUGAACACAUCAAAUCAACAUCAAAGUGGAAAGCGGCCAUACCUGAUGAUGUCUUUGAGCGGCACCAGGAUUUCUACGACUCCUUAUUCAGUGUGUGCAGCAAUUCACCACGGUCCCUCAUGCACUUAUGCAGAUGUGCUAUUCGGAUGACACUGUCAGAACGAUGCCACCGAGGCGUCCCCUUGCUCUCCAUCCCACUGUCCAUGAAGAAGUACUUGCUGCUGGAACCAGAAGGAAUAAUCUACUGAGCCAGUGCCCUGCUGCUGCCUGCGUCUUCAUGGAGUUGCAGGCCCUGUGCUCACACAAACCUUCACUUCUGUGUGGCCUGAGGGCUGGCUGGCAUUCACUGGCCCUCCUCAGAGCCUCCUUGGAGAAGCAGAGUUGGAAAGGCACAACCAAAUGAACACAUCCCUCACUGCUUUGUUGAGCCUAGCAUGAACAACCCAAGCAAUGAUGCUUCCAUUUCUAUCAGUAUUUAUUCCACUGUCUGAUAUGGUUAGAUUCAAUCUGAGCAGCCCUUAAUACUGUUUCACUGCAGUUUUCUUUAGCUGUCAUUUUAGGAGUAAGAGGAUACUGUCAAAAAGUAGUGUGUUCAUUAGUCAUUGGAAUGCUUUCCCAGAAAGAAAUGGGCAAACUGAUUUGUAUUAUGACCACAGUCAGGAUUGCAGUAGUUUCCUAUGGAUCAGUACUGAAUUUGGGAUUAAUACGUUGUUCACUACACCUGUCUGUACCUUAAAGUUUUGUCAUAAUACUAUUCUUUUUAAUUGCAGUAUUUUUUUCCAUUAUCCAUCCUAGUAUAGGAAUGGGACUGAAAUCUGCAGCACUGACAAUUCUGUGUGUUCUUGUUCAUGCCUUGCCUUGGUAGCUUUUAGAAGAUGCUGUCUCUGUUUCCACUCUCAUCGUGACCUGCAUUAAAUUCACAUCCUGAUAUGGAAAAGGCAGAUGCCCUGGACUUAACUGUGUCAGCUCACUUACAUACACACAUCCUUCAGGAUGGUUGUGGGUGGAAUCUGUGAAGAAUACGAAAAUUUCUGUCCAUUGGUUACAAAAGGAUACUAACCUAUUAAUGUGGACUAGAUAGCUCAUUUUUGAGCAGCUAAGCACAGGUGAAAAGAAUUCCACCUUAACUGAAAGGUGUUUUCACAUUGAGGAAACUGGGCUGAGCUGUUUCACACUUGUCAGCUGCUUGGUGCCUUUGAACCUGCUGAUGCUGUUUCCCACAAAACAGUUUCUCCUGGCAGAGCCAUUGUCUCCAGUGCAGGGGAAGAAAUGCAUGGUGCACUCUAGGUAUCCUGCAGCAACAGUAAUGUAUAAUUUGACCUAUUGAUAAAACUCAUUUUUACUCCCUAUUUUAGUUUUAUGCAGUCCAUUUGCACUGUUCUUCAUUUAGACUCCGAUAACUCUGGGCUCUGAUAGAAGGGAGGUGAGCUGGGCCCAUCAUCAGAAUCCAGCAGCCCCUGACUUCUUACUGCAUCUUUGGCUGAUGCAGUGGUUCCUUACUAUCAUUAUUAACUCUCUGCAAGAGGUCCCACAUCUUGCUGGGCUUUUCCCAUCUGUACAGGAGCAGCCAAGCUGUUCAGCGUCUCUGUGCUUUGCAAGGUGUCAAGAACAGCACCCAAAGAAAUGCUCAGAAUAUUUAGUAUUAUAAAUCACUUUGCUGACAGAAAGCACAGUGAUAAGAGCUCUUACCAUUAGUAACAGGCCUAACAAGUGUUACAUCUAUAUCAAAAGCAGUCCCACAGUCACUGGGGAGUCAUAGGACCACACAGGUUGGAAAAGACCUUCAAGAUCAAGUCCAGCCACCAACCUGACCUGCUGAGUGCCAUCACCACACCGCAUCCCUCAGUGCCAAUCAAGCCCUGUACUUUACUAAAAUGAUGAAGGGUUUCUAAAGUGAAUUUUGAGGGACUGGGAAAGCCUACAUAAUAUAAAGCCACUGCUUUUCUAAGCAAUGCAUCUGUGUAAGUCAGGAAUAGGGAAAAGGACUUGCCAGCUGGACAAGGCAAGAAAAUAUUUGUUUCUUUCUGAACAGUCUGACAGCAGGACUAGCUGCACCCUCCAGAAGAGGCAGAUGGGGGUGCCUGGUUUUACUUUGCAGGCAUACUCAUGCUGGUGGCUUCAGGAUGUGAUAUUCUGCAUCUGGAAGUGGGAGGUUUAAGGCAGAACAAUAGCACUGUUUUUGACCUGUCUUAGUGAGGACUCUCUUGCUGAGAGAGAAGAAAAAAGACUGUCACCACUGUUCCUAAAUUCCCCCUGAUCCUCCCUCUUCACAUUGAACAAGCUUAAUUUUUAUUCUGCAGGCACCCAGCCUCACUUCCAAGCUUUGUACCCAAGCAGGUGCCAGAUUACAGCCAUUGUGGGAUGUGACAGAGAGCACAGUGGGAUCAGGCUGAUUAUAGUCAUAGGAAUUUGCAAGCUGUUAAAACACUGGAGAACAUCCCCACUACAGAAAGAAAAAGACUAAUUGAUGCACUUUAAUUGGUUCUGUUGUUUGAGUUAGAAGAACAACAGUAAGCAAACUUAUUAUUUGCUACCUUUUAACAUUUCUUUCUUUUUAAAUCUCACUGCAGUGACAGUAAGACUAAAUACAUCUAGUUUCUGCGCACUAGAUGGAGCUGCCCAAGUGAGGCAUGGGGGCACCUGAUAUUUGCUAAAUUUACUGGCUGCACAGUCUUAUUACUCUUAGUGCAGAUUCAUUGGAGAUUCAUGCUGUUAUAUAACUUCUGAUCAUGCCUGUAUGUUUCCAAAGCUGCAACAAAUUGGAUGGCUGCAAAUGGAAAUAGAAAGAGACCAGGCUGCAACCCCUAUGCUGUAAGUUUGAACCUAAUCAUGAGCUAAAAUAACAGAAAAUUAGUUUUAGCAUUGCUUGGUGUUGCCUUGCCUUGCCUUCCUUUCCCUUCUCUUCAUUAUUUAUUUGUGCUAUUUGUCUUCUCAGUAAAAAUGUAAUCAUGUCUGAGAAAUUUUCACUGCAUUUCACAGCCUGUUAGAAUAUUUAAAGCACACAGGAGCACAAACAAUGAACUGUUGUUCCCACUGGCAACCCUUUCCCACAGCUCCAUUAGUGACUUGUCAAUAAACAACCUGGUGAUUUUUAGAAGGUGCAUAAGAAGAGACGUUCUUAAGCCAAAUACUUUGUUAUUCCAUCUAUGAACAUAGACGUAGAGACACUCCACAUGUUUUUGUGGGCCAGUGCAGAGCCAUAAUCCAGUUUUUCACAGACAUUCACUUUGUAUACUGCUCUUAUAAUAAUUUGAAACCUUCUCUAUUUGAUGUCUGACUUGUUCCAGCUUGACUCAAAACUCCACAGAUUUAUCCAUGGAGAAAGCAUGUAGGUGAAACCAAAAUCAAUCUAAAAGUGUUCAGGACUGUGUUUUCAUUCAAAAUCUUAAACAACUAUUCACAUUUUUCAGCCUUCAGAAACCAGGACAGUGAGCCUGAAACAGCGUGACUAGAGAAGCUCUACUGCACUGCUGCUGAUCAUGCCCAUCUCAUGCCAAGGAGAGGAGCCAGAGACUGCAAAGUGGCAACUCGGGAAAUUGCAAGAGGGAGCAGCUCAUCUUACUCAGUUCCUUCUCAGCAUGUAGCAAGUGAGUCACCCUUGAGACAGGCUACUUUUCCAAUGUUGCUCCUAGAUGGUAGGUAGGGAAAGCUAUUUUCUCUGUUGUGUCCCACUGUGUGCAGAGCUACCAAGACCUUGAGAGUUGCACAAGGCUUAAAAAUGAGGCAAGUAUGUUUUCUCUCUGCAAAGGUGACUUUGUAUACAACUGUCUGCAUAUAGGAUGGUCCUAGAGCACAAUGUAUUUCAUUACUCCGUACUGAUACUUUAAAGCAAUACUCAACAGUCCUGCUUUAAAUACUCAACACUCAACAGUACAAAAUCCUCCUUCAAACACAGGCUACCUGGUAAGAGUCUAUUGCUUGAUUGAAUGGCAGCAAUAGUAAGUCUCAGAUCUUUAGCACAACUGGUGCUAAUUUCACAUCCCUCACUCCUCUGAUAGCAUGCAUUAAGUACACUAGUGCACUGAGACAAGCUUAUAUUAUAAAGAAGAAAAGGUUCAAAGCCCAGAUAAUAAAUAUAGGGCUCUGGGACCACAUGGAACAGGUAGCCAGGAUCUCAGUCUCUUUCUGUCCUCAGUGCUUGACAAGCCAGCAAGGGAAGGAGCCAAGCUGGCUGCAGCCCUUCCCAUGCUCUUACAUGGCCUUGGCACCAGGGCAGUGUGGAGGAUGCUGCUGCUGCCUGAAUCAUCUUGAAAAGUUUAGGACCAAAACUGCUGACUAGAAGAAAGCAGACUGUAUGGUCUGUAUGUGCAUUGGCACAUGAGUUCAUUCAUAGAAUCACCAAGGCUGGAAAAGACCUCCAAGAUCAUCUAGUCCAGCCAUCUACAAUAUUCCCACACUAAAACGUGUCUCUUAGUACAACAUCUAAAGGUUUCUUGAUUACCUACAAGGAAAGCGACCUCACCACCUCCCUGGGUAGCCCAUUCAAGCACCUGACCACUCUUUUGGAGAAGAAAUUUUUCCUAACAUCCAACCUGAAUCUCUCCUGGUGCAACUUGAGACCAUUCCCUCUAGUUCUAUAGCUAAUAGCACAGGAGAACAGGCCAAAAUCCACCUUGCCACAACUUCCUUUCAAGUACUUGUAGAGUUCAGGCAGUUGACUCUUCAUAUGUAAAGAGACUUGGAGAGAUAUUCCAGUCAAAUCUUUGCUCUAAUUCAUAACAGAACUUUUCAACUCAAGUCAGGGUGUCAGGGCUGAAACCAAUACUUUCUACAGGAAUUUUGGCAUUAGUGAAAUUUUCUUUCUUCAAAAUCACUUACCAUCUUGAAAGAUCACUUCUUUCCAUGGGGCAAUCUGUUACAGCCUAUACUCCAGUUCUGACAGAAUCAAAUGCUGUGAUUGUGAGUUUCUUUAUAUCUCCCAACCAGAGCAAGAUUGACAACUAUUUCUAUAAAAUGUCAGAAACACAAUUAUUAGAGGUAGAGGGAAGAUUCUGGUCUGCCAUGAAAGGCAGCAGCUUUACUUUUAGCUGAAAGUACUGCUGGGCCAAUUAAAAUGAUCACAGAGACUCUGCUCCUUCAUAUUAUAGGAAUGCCCUUUCAAAAUGCACUACAACUUUUGGCAGUACAUUUUGCCCGUGGGACAAAUGCCUGUAAAUUAAAUAUACAAAAGUUCAGUUUUCGAGAUUGGAAGGAAGAUUGAAAUAGUCUGGGGUGGCCUGUGCUCUUAUAUACCUUUAUUAUACUUGGAAAAGCCAAGGAGGCAUGCUAGCUUUUCAGCAUGCUCCAAGCUUUGCAGGGCUCUUGAUGGGCUGCUGCUGCUUUUCUGAAAUGCUGCAAGAUACAGAUGGGUCAGACACAGCAAUAUUUCCAUUUACUUUCAGGAUAUGGAAGUAGCAUUUCCCUGUGCUCCCUAGGGUUUGCACUUCUACUAAAUGACAGUGCAGAACAUGCUAUUAGCAGAGAUGCCAAAGCCUAGCUAGUGCCUGACACCUUAACCUCCCUAAGAAUUAUAUUAAAGUAGUGGAAAGAUCUACCACAGUCUUUAUUUGGGAACGGCAGGAACUUCUGCUACAGCAGAUGAGUGAGCGGGUCAGAAAAGAUUGCUAUAUACAGCAACUGUCAGAUGAAAUUUGUUGGCUGCUCCAAAUUUUUUUUCCUGACCAUUUCUCCAAAUGCACCUUAAGCUUCAUAGCACAUAAAGUGGAAAGGUAACUAAGACUACUAUGCAUUCCAAUGACCUGUUUGAUUUUAAUAUACAGUUAACAUUUCCUUAGCCCUUUGCCUUGCACUGGCACCCCAUGAAACACUGCUAAAUUACAAUUAAGGCAUUUAAAACAAGGACAGAGGGGCACAGGAUAAUUUUUACACCACUGGUGAACUGCUGUGUUCUUUCCAAUGAGGGCUAGCUGGGGAUGCUGCUACCAGCCUUUUGCUUGGUACCAGAAUACAUCUGCACUUCAGCCUUUUAUCAGUGCAAUUGAUAUGGUUCCUAGGCUGUUUACACUGCAAUUAGCACUGGGUUAGAUUAUGUCAAUAGUGACUGUCAACAGCGAGCUGCACUGGGUACAGCAAUAAGCUUGCUGUCUAUUUUUGGUAGAUGGAUGUUGAAUGCAGACAAGUUUGAUCAAGAAAAGAGAUCUUCACCUGUUCCUGAUAACCUCACAAAACCCUCCAGCUGGUGAGGGGCCAAGAACAGAUAACUCUUAAGAUCUGAGGAAAAACAAGCAAGAACAGAAGAGUAGCAAGCCUGCUUCAGAAUAAUGCCCCAUAAAAGAGGAAAGAGAAUAGUGGGACUUAUAAAUGCACGGACUCUGGCUCAAGCCGUGCAAAAACUGAGGUGCUGCAAAAGGGCAAGCCAGUACCUUAGCAGGCCACAGGCAUGCAGCACAUUGGAGAUCCAGGCUGAGACACUGUGAUCAGUACAAAGCUGUUUUCUGACAGAAAGUAACAGAGGUAUUUUAACAUCCAUGCAGAGAAAAAUCACCCAAUAGGGCCAACUACAGAGAAGUCCAUUGAAUUACACCUACCUACUAAAGCUGAGCCAACACUUCUGAGUCGCUCCUGCUGUUUCCCAGUGUGCAUGGCUCUCAUGAACUCAAGGUCAUGCUGUCUGCUUGGGUCAGCACUGAACAAAUCUCUCACUGCCAGCAGCUCUGAGCUAGCCUUGCUGGAAAUUCCAGCAUGUCAUUCAGGUCCAUUUCUCCCAUAGCCUUGCCUUUCCUUUAUCAUAAAUCCAGAGAAUUUCAGUGAUAACUUUCUCUUUCACCUUUACAGUAUUUUGGUAGCUUUUGCUUAGGGCAGCUUUUUUGCUACAGAGAAGAACAGCUAAAAAUAAUCUGAAAUGAAUUACACAGGUCCAUGCACACACCAAAUCAGAUUCUUCUCAACUGACGGAAUUUUGACCAUCUGGAAAGAAGAACAAUUAACUUUUAUAUUUACACCUGUUUGCUCAUAUAUCAGGACACUGAUUGUAUAAUUUGCAGCUGCUGUGUAGAUGCAGUACAGAAUGUGCUGCUGCAUUUUCCCAGUCUUAAAGUUCCCUAAUGCAAUCAGGUAUGCUGUGAUCUGUGGGUUGUGUGACAUUCCAGAAUAAAACUGAGAGCCAGUUGCUUUA